GUAUCAAAACCUGUGGCAAAUAACCCUUGUCUUUAUAUGUUCCACUGGUCAUCUUGGGGACUAACCCCAUCUUUAUAAGCCAUACCAGUGUGAAGCUUUCAACUUGUAUUUAUGUUCACCAGUCUCUAAAAGUGAAACACUUCCAUUAAGACAAGCUACUGCUUAAAUAAGUAUACUUUACUCAACACAUAAUGUACAUGAAGCUGAUGUGGGGUGACAUUUUCCUGCCUCAGCGUAAUGUCGGCUAUGACAACCUAAAGGGUUAUCGAAGUAAUGUCCAACGGCCCUGGAUGGAUGCAAAACAAAGUAAAAAUCAAAUGUGUGAGAGUCGAAGGCUUGACUGCAUGAAUUAGAAAAGCCUACAUAUGAUCUCAAAUAUGGUUUACUACCUAACUAUGCCAGCAGAUGGGGCUCAACGCGUGUGGAAGGGAAUCUCUAAAUCCCCAAAGCGCGCUACCGUAGUGCGAUUCGAAUAGGCGCACUUCAGUAGCUGGCGCACCCGCUUCAACAGGGGGAGUACUGUUUCAGAUGGGUAGAGGACCUUCUUGGAGAACCCUCUGCAACCAAUCUCAGUCAACAGCAGAGGAGACCAUGAAGGCAGUUGUCUGGAGUAAUCGCUCUGCGGAUAGACACAGUAACCAGCUGUACCGACCGCUCCUACGCACGGACGACUGAAUGAAGAGCCAGAAUGGCCGGAGGACGGAGAGGACUUGUAGCCCCUCAAAAUACUUUUUUAGAAAAUAUUGUCAGACGAUCAAACGUUUGGACAUUAUCACAUAGACAGACAGAUACCAACUUUGUGCUGGGAAACGCUCAGAUUGUGGACUGGCCCAUCGUAUACAGCAACGAUGGCUUCUGCAAGCUGUCUGGUUAUCACAGAGCAGAGGUCAUGCAGAAAAGCAGCACCUGCAGCUUCAUGUACGGGGAGCUCACGGAUAAAGACACAAGUGAAAAAGUGCGACUAACGUUUGAGAAUUACGAGAUGAAUUCAUUUGAGAUACUCAUGUAUAAGAAAAACCGGACACCGGUAUGGUUUUUUGUGAAAAUAGCCCCCAUUCGCAAUGAACAGGAAAAGGUGGUUUUGUUUCUGUGCACAUUUAGUGACAUCACAGCCUUUAAACAGCCUAUAGAGGAUGACUCUUCCAAAGGUUGGGGAAAGUUUGCCCGUCUGACGCGCGCUCUGACCAGCAGUAGGGGGGUACUACAGCAGCUGCAGCCCACUGUUCACAAGGGAGAGAAUGUCCACAAACACUCCCGCUUGGCCGAGGUGCUGCAGCUUGGCUCUGACAUCUUGCCCCAGUACAAACAAGAGACCCCCAAGACUCCUCCCCACAUUAUUCUACACUACUGCCUCUUUAAAACCACCUGGGACUGGGUCAUCCUCAUCCUCACCUUCUACACCGCCAUCAUGGUGCCGUACAAUGUCUCCUUCAAGACCAAGCAGAACAACGUCACGUGGUUGGUGGUAGACAGCAUUGUGGAUGUCAUCUUCCUAGUCGACAUUGUGCUCAACUUUCACACCACAUUCGUGGGGCCAGCAGGUGAGGUCAUCUCGGAUCCAAAACUGAUCCGAAUGAACUACCUAAAGACGUGGUUUGUCAUCGACCUGCUGUCUUGCCUACCCUACGAUGUCAUCAAUGCCUUCGAGAACGUAGAUGAGGGGAUCAGCAGUCUGUUCAGCUCUCUCAAAGUGGUAAGACUGCUUCGAUUGGGUCGGGUUGCCCGUAAACUAGACCACUACAUCGAGUAUGGGGCAGCUGUUCUGGUUCUUCUGGUGUGUGUUUUUGGCCUGGCUGCCCACUGGCUGGCCUGCAUUUGGUACAGCAUUGGGGAUUAUGAAGUCAUUGACGAGGACACCAACGUGGUUCGUACUGACAGUUGGCUCUACAUGCUGGGAGAGACUGUUGGGACACCAUACCGCUUCAACGCCAGCGGCUCUGGAAAGUGGGAGGGGGGGCCUAACAAAGAGUCUGUUUACAUCACCUCCCUCUACUUCACCAUGACCAGCUUAACUAGCAUUGGCUUCGGCAACAUCGCCCCCACCACGGACGGAGAGAAAAUCUUUGCUGUGGCUAUGAUGAUGAUUGGAUCCCUGCUGUAUGCCACUAUCUUUGGAAAUGUGACAACAAUCUUCCAGCAGAUGUAUGCCAACACAAAUCGCUACCACGAGAUGCUGAACAGUGUCCGGGAUUUCCUCAAGCUCUACCAAGUGCCUAAGGGACUGAGUGAAAGAGUUAUGGACUACAUUGCAUCCACCUGGUCCAUGUCUCGGGGCAUAGAUACUGAAAAGGUAUCUCAAACUGUGUUGCAGAUAUGUCCCAAGGACAUGAGGGCAGAUAUCUGUGUCCAUCUCAACCGGAAAGUAUUCAAAGAGCACCCAGCUUUCCGAUUGGCCAGUGAUGGAUGCCUCCGAGCCCUGGCAAUGGAGUUCCAGACUAUCCACUGUGCCCCAGGGGACCUCAUCUACCAUGCAGGCGAAAGCGUGGACAGCCUUUGCUUUGUCGUGUCCGGGUCCUUGGAGGUCAUUCAGGAUGAUGAGGUGGUGGCAAUUCUGGGCAAGGGAGAUGUUUUUGGAGAUGUGUUCUGGAAGGAAGUGACCCUUGCUCAAGCAUGUGCCAACGUGCGUGCAUUGACCUACUGUGACCUCCACGUCAUCAAAAGAGAUGCUUUGCAAAAGGUUCUGGAGUUCUACACCGCCUUCUCAAACCAUUUUUCUCGGAAUCUGCUGCUUACCUACAACUUGCGAAAGAGAAUUGUGUUUCGAAAGAUCAGCGACGUGAAACGGGAGGAAGAAGAACGCUUAAGGCGAAAAAACGAGGCUCCAUUGAAUCUCCCUCCAGACCACCCCGUGCGUCGGCUGUUUCAGCGCUUUCGGCAGCAGAAGGAGGCCCGUGUAGCCGCUGGAAGUACAGACGCCUCCGAACAUGACCUGGAGAAAGGAUCAAUAUGUGUGGAGCCUACUUUCAAUCAGGAUGUCAUAGCGACCACCAGCAUUGUCACAGUAACAGAAAGCCCAGCAACACCUAUUCCAAGUGUGUCUGUCUCCUUCUCCUCCUCCAUGUCUGGCACCUUGGACAAGGCCAAGCUCCAGGCACCGACUUCUGUUGCCUUUGUAGGCAUCCGGCACUCUGAGCCUGCUAAGGUCAAAGGUUGGGGUCGAUUCAAGGAUUCUAUGUCUAAGCCGGACAAUUGGAACAAGGUUUCCAAAGCAGAGUCCAUGGAGAUCCUUCCAGAGAGGACCAAGGUACAUGAGUCACAGACAUCCCUCAAGAAGACGGACUCCUGCGACAGCGGUAUAACCAAAAGCGACCUUCGUUUGGAUAACAUGGGCGAAAACUUGCGAACCCCCACGCAGGACCGCAGUCCUAUUCAGCUUGAGGCCAAGCAUGCCUUCUACCCCAUCCCAGAACAGACACUCCAGGCUUCCCUCCUGGAACUCAAGCUGGAGCUGAAAGAUGACCUGAAGGCCCUGAAUACUAGAAUGUUCAGCUUGGAAGCCCAGCUUGCAGAGGCACUUCGGCUCCUGAAAGCCAGGAAAGCUGCGGGCGGCUCACCCAAACCACUGUUCGAGAUCUCCCGACCUACCUCACCUGAGUCAGAUAAGGAGGACAUCUUCUCUUAAAGAGGAAAAGAGGUUGGUGAGACCUAAGGACAGUUGUGCAUGCUUAGCUGAGGCCCAUUACUCGGUGCCUUGCUGACGCCUGUGCAUUCACUGGUCGACAGAAGUGCAAUGCGAUAAACGCCGCACUCUUAUCCUCUCAAGGAAGUCAUAUAGGUUGUAGCCCUUGCAGCUAUGAUUGGACUAGUGGUCGCCAAGGAGAUAUUGGGAUCCAUACAAAGGUAUGGAUACAGUGGCCAAGACCACCUUGGGUUUUGGAACCAAAGCAGCAUUACAAGCUUAGAAAACCUGAUGAAUGCGACACACUCACAAAAUGACUUUUGUUCAUGGUACGCCAAGCAUCAGCCGUACCCGUUGGUAGCGAGCAUUUUUAUUUUAGAAUGUAACAAACAAAUCAGUGUUUAUGUUCAUCUUUUCAGAAUCUCAAUUUAUAUACUUAAGACAAGGUCAGGUUGCAUCAAACAGCCUUCUUGAUUAGAGUCAUUUUCUCACUGACAAUGAUCCAUUUCCUCCUCCUGUAAUAAUCUUUUGUUUACAUUUAUAUAUUUGCCACUAAUCUUAUAGACUGUAAUAGAUAGGUAGGGGAGGAAAGUGUACGGUAAAUAAGUUAUUACCACUUACAUGUGCUUAUCUAAAGUCUGUCACCAAGCUAUGGGUGUGAGAUGCAAAUCCAUUUGCUGGAAGUAGGUUUGUUUCAUAACAGUGUACUCCAAUGAUGGACACUUUGUGCCUGUGAGUUUAGCAUGGAAUAAAGCUGUUGGUGUGUCUCACAGAUAUCAACAGGGACUGUGGCAUAUCAAAUCUGUAAAAUAUCCUUGAUAGUUGGUUACAGAUAUAUGUAUAUUGUACGGCAUUUGAUUGAAGACGUCUGAAUUCUUACUUCAAAAGUUGUGAUGUACAAGCCGUAAAAUAAUAAAGAUUAAAUUUAGGGCCAAGAAAUUAAAGUUUUGAGGUGAAAACUAGAUUUCCUAUUUGGAUAUACCAUACACACCAAUGCAACGCAUAGGUCUCCACACUUAAAUCAUAGCAAUAAUUAUGGAUAUAUUUCUGGUUUGCAAAUCUGUCCUACAAUGAAAUGAAGUAUACUGUGUGUGAUAUAUUGUAAUUACUGCAAACCAUUGUUGGUAUUAACCAAUAUUCGAAGCAAGUCACACAGGAAUGCAGACUUCAGAAUAUACUGAAUGACUCGAAUAAGUCACUGAGUUCAGAGGAAGUGCAUGUAUUGCUGACAUUGCUAAGCAAUAAUUAUGAAUUGCUACAAUGUGUUCAACCAAUGAACUUGUUUGUGUCUUUAUAAUACUGAGAAGUGAAAGUUGGGAGAAUUAAAAUCAUUUUUUUACAUAUUAUAAAGUCUGUCAUGCUGUACAGCAUCUCCAAACUGUGGGUUCCAAAAGGUCAUGCAGAGAAAACAAUGGGCCUAUACAUAAUUAUGAACUUGCUCCACAUGGCCUCUAUAAAUGGGAGAACCAGUGAAUAAAAUCAUAACAUAGAUCGGACCAAGCAGCUUACCUCCACUUACUUCGUCACUGAUAUGACAUCUUGUAAAGUGGCACCUUUUUUCAAAAACUUUGCUAAAACAAUGUGACAGUUUGAGUCCUAACAGUUAGAUCAAGGAAUCACGUAGACUAGAGCUUGUUUGAAUAUUAUCUUAGGAAUGAACCAUUGUGUUCAGUGAACCAUCCUAAAAUGUGUACUCAAGGACACACAUUAUUAACUUACCUACGCAUAAUUUUUGAGUUUCAAUUCUAAAUGAAAUUGGCGAAAAAACUUUAUUUGAAAAUGAGUUUUUGGUCUUUCAAUUCGAGCAUGUAAGGUGGAACAGUAUGAGAGUGGUGCAGUUCAAGCUAUUUUAUCACGUCUGGAUGGGAUGUAAUUUUUGAAACUACACUAUGCAUUACAUAGCUCAAUUGUUUCAAUAUAUUAUAGCAUGCUUUGUAAAAUGUGUGCUCUUCCACAAAAUGUCCCUGGGUUUGACAAGUGUUCACAUUUUAAAUGACUAUGGGCGUUAAAGACUCAAUGUUUUACUUCAGACAAAUAGGGUUCAUGUUGGGCUCACACCAGAUUGCAUUAAAACAUUUAUAACAAACCUGCCAUGAUAAUAGCAGACCUGUAAAGAAUGAGUUAUAGUGGGGGGCACCAUCCACAAUUCAAUACCAGAAGUUAAACUUUGAUCCAGAUGCUCCAUUACAAGAUAUCAGUGACCAUCCUGUUGCUUUUUCUGCCUGUCUGCAUACCAAGCCAAAAGCACAACAUUGUCUACCCAUAGCUUGCAUAUCUAGUCUCCAUCUCUGUUUCUUGUUCCUGACACAUAGCUCUAUGGCUUGUUUGCACAGAACUAUAAAGUCGGUCAACACAGCCUGAAUUAGCAUGCUAGAUAAUAGCCCCAAUACAUUACACCAUUUUAGAUUGACUCCAAAUCUUAAAAUAUUGAAACAUCUGGCUUUUGUCUGCAUUGAUAGUUAGUGCCACUGAUCUUGUGGUGUGAUUCAAUCAUCUUUGAGUUGUAUCUGUGUUAUAUCUUGGAAAUAUUGAGUAACUCCCUCUAAAAGAAUGGAAGAAUAAUUAGAUGCGGAUCCAUUUACUACAAGAGCUGUGUCAAUGUGAUUGAUUUUUCAUGAUAUACAAAUGAUAAUCAUGGAUACUCUAUAACAAUGGUGCAUCACGUUGGCUAAAAUGUCAACAACUUGCCUAAAAAGAUUACCAAUAGAAAACCAGUCAAAAUGAACCCCUGAGGAACUACUUCAAUAAACCAUGUUAGCAUCUAUUGCAUUAAUGCAACUCUUUCAUGUAGGCUGUAGUUAGAUGGAAGCUUUAAAUCCAUCUGGUUACAUAUAGUUACGUAUCUCUAACUUCCUGCAUGAGCCAAUGAGCAUAAUCAUGUAACCCGUUAUACAACAUCCCCAUAUGCAGUAUGUCUUGUCAUGCACCAAAGUAUCUACAUCAAAUGUUGCACUUCUGAAAGACAUGAGCAUGAGCACUCGUUGAACAAUGUGAAACUGUUUGUGGUCUACUGCUCAGGUGUUCUUGUAGCACUUUGUAACAUUACUAUGGAAUGUCAUGUUAGAAGAGAGUAAAGUGGCCGACUAUGAGGAAACUCAUGUGAUUUAUGCACAUGUUGGUAGAUAAAUACAUUUUCUGUGAUGAAACAUGUACUUGUAAGCACAAAGAGGUAUUUGUAAUGUAAACUGCUAUUUAUUACAAUAAAUAUUUUAUAUAAAUAACAGACUUUUUACU